AUGAAAACGACCGGUGUAUUGUUGCUGUGGGCGGUAUGCGUCGCCUUAUCGUUAAGUGUUAGGGAUGAGUGCAUGGAACGCCACAAAAUAUGUUCGGUGAAAGAUCGCUUCACAAUGCAAAGAAUAUGUCGAAAAAGCGGUGGAUUGUUGAAACAUACACUGAAAUAUGCCGGGAAAGAAAUAAUCUCGGAUUGCUGUCGGCCAAAUGGUUGUACCAGACAGUACUUAUGCGACUUCUGUGAAAAUUCUUGUUGUCAAAUUGCGGUUGAUAUGAUGAUUAUGGAUUAG